GGCUGUAAUACGACGCUACACAGAAGGCCACUUCAGUCCCUACUACAAGCUUACCAUAGGGGUGGAUUUUGCAGUUAAAACUUUGGAUUGGGACCCCAAAACUAAGGUCAAUCUGCAGCUAUGGGACAUUGCUGGUCAUGAGAGAUUUGGACAUAUGACAAGGGUCUACUAUAAAUAUGCGGUGGCAGCUAUUGUUGUAUUUGAUCUCUCAAGACCUCCGACCUUUGAAGCUGUUCUUAAAUGGGUCAGUGACAUAAGGGAGAAGGUCACCCUGAAUGAUGGCAGACCUCUUCCUGUCCUGCUUCUGGCCAACAAGUGUGAUAUUGAGUCUAUCAGUAUUCAGCCAGAAGUGAUUAAAAACUUCUGCAAGCAGCACCUCAUUGAUGCUUGGUUCCUAACAUCUGCCAAAGAAGACAUUAAUAUUGAGGAUGCCAUGAAAUGGCUUGUGGGUCGCAUCCUUGAGGUUCGUUCGACUUCCCAGGCACCAAGGCCAUUGUCCGAACCCUUGCCCCAGAAGAGCCUCCAGAAAAGCCAACAUCAUUUUGUUGCAGAUGAGGGAUAUGGAAAAAAAUUGUUGUGUUGGUAAAAUGGUGAGGAUUCACCGAGUUUUUCAAUUGAGCUGUAUGCUGGAGUUCAGCUGGUACAGCAUCCUGUUGUGUAGCCCGGCUGGGAAGCGGCAACAUUCUUGUGGAUGGCGGGAGCCGUGUGUUGGGCAUUGGUUCUAGAUUUUUGGAUGGGUACUAACAAGGUUUAAAUUUCUUUUGAUAUAUUUUUUUUUUGUGCC